UCCCAUACGAAGCAAACGUUGUCACGGUCGCCAAGGCUCGCCAAGAUUGGCAAAGCACCUGAUGAUUGCUGUCGUCUGUGCAUGUCAGCCUGCGAGGAUGUGGAACAUCUGGUUGCUACCUGUCCAGCCCUAGCACCUGUCCGACAGGACCUUAUCCAGCGGGUUAAAGCUAAUCCCAACACCAAGCAGUUCGGACCAUGCUUUGCCUUUGAAUCCACCCCUGCUCUUUUUGUAGAGUCGGUCCUUUUUUUACCUCCUGGGCGUAUUAGCUGCAACACAAAAGCCCAAUUACAUACGCUUAUUCUAUACUUCUUACGCAACCUCCACACAACUCGUCAAAACUUACUCAGUACUUCAUGAUUGCAACUUAGAGCCUUAAAUGAAUUGCGGCCCUUCCAACGGCGCCGUUGAUCUCCGACCUUAGCGGAGGAAGAACACAAGAGAGAGAGUUGAUGAGUUGUGACAUCUCAUGAAAGAGCCAGUAAUCUUAGCUCAGCCAUCUCAAAAUGAACCACUCGCACCCUGAAGACUGGAUGACUUGUACACUGUGCAGAGCAAACCACCAAGGGCAGCAGGUCCUAGAGAGAGCUAGAAGGAGAGAGAUCUCAUGGCCUGAACCUAGAGAACACGGAACUCCUCCCAUCCAGGAUGCCCUGGCAUACACCACCAUAGAUGAGGCCUUUGGUAGCAUCCUACAGUAUAUGACAACCAGUAGCAGACAAUGCAGAAGGUACUACUCCAGUAUUCCAGCUUCUUCCCAGAAUGCACUAGACAAACGGCAUUGUGGGAGAUUCCAUGCUCCGAGAUACACAGAGCCCAGAAAAAUGCCACAUCCGCUACAGCGAUCUGAAGAUGUUCACAUCCAAGUCCAGCCUGGUACCUACGCUGUGACAGCAGGAGGGUGGGGAAAAGGCAAAGGUCAACAGACACAUGUCGUCCAUGUCAACCAAGGUCAAAGUGUCAAUCUGGAUUUCAACCUUUGACCUCAGUGACCUUAAGGGUCAGGACUGCAUUAGCAGCUGAUUUGAUAAACUGAAUUUUAAGAGAAAGAAUUGUCCUUGCCUUGGAUCUGAUUCAGAGAAACGCUCUUUCUUGAGUUCAACAAAAAUUUUACCUUUGAGAGAUCAACAUGAAUCAUGAUUAAUUGAAAUUUGCCGUUUAUAUCAUGUGUUGAUUUGAAUAUGCUUUUUUUUUUUACUAUGUGACAAAUGAGGCUUAUUGGCUUUGUUAGUGGUGAUGUGAUAUUUCAAAAGACCAAUUGCUUCCAACUGCUAUGUUGCAAUGCAAACAUUACUCAUAAUCGUGACAUUGUAAUCAGUUUCUGGUAGGGGCAACUGUUCAUUUGGAAGAGGAAUUAUUUUAUAUCAAAAUUAAAUGAAAGCUGUUCAUGAUAAAACUCUUCGAAACACUAUGGGAGAUAUCCUACAUGUAAGUGCCUAGAAAUGGAUCUCUCCAUGUUUAAAGCCUAUUUUUAGUUUUGGGGCAAUUCCAUAAAGUAUGUACGUUCGACCCCCUGUAUGUGGGACCUUCAUGAAAUUUUCUGUCUCUUAUUUCUUGUUCUUAUGACAGUCUGUAAUGUUCUCAAAGGACCAUGACUUGGUCAGUUUAUGAAGUGAAGUAAAACUUGAGAAAAAUGGGGUUGGAUGCACAAAAAGGUUGAUCAUUUUAUGGAAUUUCCCUUUGGUAAAUCCCCCUCCCCCCAAAAAAAAAAAUUGCAUGUCACUAUUUAGGGGUGUGACAGUUCAGAGUUACAGCUGAUUUCAGAUUUUUUGUUGUUUUUAUUUUCAGCUUAUUUUUGGCUUUCCUCUGUACAAAGACUAUGGGAGCUCUUUCUAUUUCAGACUUUUUCAACACUCUUCAGCUUUUUUCGGAUCUUGUUAUUUGUGACCACUCAUACCCCUGACUAUUCCAUCUCAGUACUUGAUUAUAGUAAUGCUUAUGCCUCAAAACGGUUGUGGUGUAAAGGAUAUAAACUAAAAUGUGUUUUCAUUGUUAAAUUUAAUGAUUUUACAUCAUAGAAUAUCUGCAUUAUUUUGCAUUGUUUAUAUAAAACACUAUCAAGCAUGGAAUGGGUUUAAAAUUUCAGGAUAAUAGCUUUCUAAUAUCCAAUUUAAUCCAAUUGAUAAAUAUGUAAAGCAAGGACAAGGCUAUUUUGAAUAAAAAUAAAACAAGAGAGGGUGGUAGAUUUGAAUUCAAAUCCUAAUGACCGAAAAAUGACAUAUUUAAAGUCCAAUGGGUAAAAUCAGUCAAUGACUACGACGCUUUUUUAUUUUAAUGUUCGAUGAUACUUGAGCAUGCAUCACAUAAAUAAUCUGUUACAAAAGCUAAAGACAUGCUAUAAAAUAAUAUCUGAGAAUAUUUGAGGUUAUUACAGUCAUGCAUUAACUGUGAACUUUCCUAUUCAUUCAAUAGCCAAUGGCUGAAUGUCGAUAAAUCAAAUCCUCUGCACCAUAUAUACAUUUCUGUCCUGUUUUAUGACAUAAGCAAAUAUCGUUUUUUAGUCGAUGGUAUAAACAUCCUAAUAUGCUGUCAUAAAAGAACAUAUAUUAGAGCAGGUCAUAACAUGCAAUGUUAUAAAUGUUGCAUUUUAUUAUAAUGUUUGACGCAACAGAAGUAGGAGGUGAUUUGUAAAAUAAUUACUUUGGAAUCUGGUUUCUUAUAAAGAUGAUGUAAGCAAUGGAAGUCAUCAAUAUCACACAUGAUAUUGGCGUUACAUUGAAAAUCAUGAACAAUAAUUUUAAUUUGGUUGGAACCAUUUGCACUCACUAUAUAAAAAAAGUUUGUAGCAUGAAAGUUCAUUUAAAUCUUGCCCAUAAUGUAUGAAAUUACUUCUGCCAAUACCAAACAGGCCUAAUAUUUUCUGUGCCUUAUCAAAUAAAAAUUUAAGGACCCCGUUCUUCACUUUUCACAGAAAAUAGAAUUAGUAUAAUUCCAUUUGACACCAUUCCUGUUUAUUAGCAAUCAGCCCCUCUGUCCAACCAUUUGUAUAUUUGACCUCAAUUAAAAUAACAAGCAUAUGAGUUGUGCGAAACAAUAUUUUCAUAUUCAAUUAUUCAUAUGAUGUUUUGAAGUAGUUCCUUUAAUUUCUUUUGGUUUGAUAGUUAUAAUAUGAUCUUUUUUGAAGUCCAUUCCACAGCCCUUUGCUUGAAAAAUAAAAAAUUGUGAAAACCCAGCUAUAAACUGAAAACCCAAUUUGAACUAUAAACUGACAUAAGCUACUGAUAUGACCUCAUUUACUCACAAUAAAAAUAUUGCAGCUUUUGAAAUAUCAUUAAAUACAGAGAGUCAGUAUGUUUCUCUUGAAAAUGUAACAACGUUCCAGAAUAAUGUCAAGAUAUUUGAACAGGAAUAUGUGUCAAUAUAGUAAAAAAUCAGUACCCCCGAAUAGUCUUAAACGUAAUGUUAGUUGAGUAAAGACAUACUUGUAGUUCAUCCAGAAAUUCAAAAAUUUACAGUUUAUUUGGCAUUUUUGGAACAUCCAUAAGCCAUUUCAACCUUUCAAUUAUUUAUCUGUACCAAAUGUAAUUGGUGUAAAUAUUUUAGCAAGUCGAUGUGUAUUGUACAUGAAUAAUAUAAGUUCUUUUUUUAACAGAUGAA